CGGUGUUAACAGUUUCGGCCCACCGUCACGGGCAGCUGGCCAUGCGCGCAGGUGCAACCAAAGCAAGCAUCGAACGACGCUGGGGGAUACGGAGCAGGAGUACGAAAUACAGUCGGUAGUUCCCGGUUUCGAGCAGUCUGGGUGCACGAGUGAGCCGAGCAUGCGUCGAUUGAAUCGGAGCGUCUUCAAACUCUGUAACUGUUUCCCUCCCCGGGUUCCCAGGGCCCGAUUUCGCUUCCUCGUCAAGUUUCAGCAACAAAAAAGUUGUGAAGAGGUCCCCACCCCAAUCCCAACGGACCCGACUUCGCAGGGGUUCAAUCAUUCCAAAUGUCCCAAAUGCCCAAAUGUCGACGGGCUGGCUCGAACGCGACAACGGCACAGCCAUCCAAUCCACCUUUUGUUGAGGGAGCUUGGGCUGCCCAGAGACCUCCCGUCAGGGAGAUUUCAUUCGGCCAGGAUGGCCUCUCCACAACGUGUCUGGGGAAACUCCUGGAGGUUGGAGACAAGCAACGGCAUCAGCAGGCAUUGCUCCUUGUCUCCUCUCCACCACGUGCCUGUGUCAUGUCUGGGAAUUUAGCCAAGAAGGAAGAAAGGAACGGCGUCCGGGAGUUGCAAAGCCUUGAGAAGGUGAGGGUUGGGGUUGACUGUGCAGCAUGUCGGAUCCUUUCGGCAGAUAAGAUCUCUACCGGCCCUUCCGAGAUAACCGAAACCAACACACUUGAGCACAGCAACGACGACCUCGAAAACGGAGGUGCGGCGGGCACGAUGGUUUUCGGUAAAGAUGGCCCUUGA